GGCUCGUCCUAAGGGCGGUUGUUCGCGAGAGCCACUCGGACGUCUCGAUCAUGGAUCGCCUGGAUCUUUUCCUGCGGAUCCCCUGGAACUUCGCCGAAGGAAGGAUCCCCCGUGGGUCCGGGGAGCGGAGGGUGGCUAGACUCCGAAGGGCUUCAGACUGCAGGAUCUUCUUCCUCCCGGCGCUUCUUUUGCUCCUCUUGCGCAGCGGCUACUCCGAUGGACACACCCAUUCUCUGCUUUAUCUGUACACUGCCGUAUCAGAAUCCAUUGGGGACCUGCCCCAGUUCACUGCUCUGGGCUAUGGGGAUGGCUUCCUUGCUGGUUCCUACAACAGCAUCACCGAGCGGGCCAUGUCCCGAGCGCCCUGGAUGAAGAAGAUUGAGGAAGAAGACCCCCACUUCUGGAACUGGAUGACCAAGAGAGCUUCCCAUUCUGGGCAGCGUUUCAGGAAGGACCUGGAGAAUAUCCUGCAGCAGAACAACCAAAGCCGAGAGCUUCACGUCUGGCAGCGGCUUUACGGCUGUGAGCUGGUGGAAGAUGGGAGCGAGAGAGGGUAUGAUCUCUACGCUUACGAUGGGAAGGACUUUCUCAGUUUCAACAAGGCCACCCUCAACUGGACGGCAGCCAACGCUGAGGCCGAAGUGACCAAGAAGAAAUGGGAUGCUGACUUGGACAGGGGUUGGCGCAAGAAGAUUUACCUGGAAGGGGAGUGCUUUGCCUGGCUGAAGAAAUAUCUGGACUACGGCACAGAAACUCGGGCAAGGAAGAAGCCCCCAGUGGUGACGAUGAGCAGCAGGACUGAGGUUGACGGCAUGGAAAGUCUCCUCUGCCGAGCCUACGGCUUCUACCCCAAAGAGAUCGAUGCCUUCUGGAGGAGAGAUGGAGAGGUCUGGCUGGAAGACACCCUCCAGGGGUCCGUGGCCCCCAACUCAGAUGGGACCUACCACUACUGGCUCAGCAUCCGGAUCGAUCCCAAAGAGAGGAGCCACUACCGGUGUCACGUUGAGCAUGACGCCCUGCAGGAGCCGCUGGACAUACCCAUGGAAGAAGCUGUUUUAACUGGUGUGUAUUUCAGAAGGGAAGGAGGAAUGGUGAUUGCUGUCAUUCCAUUGGUGGUAUUCAUUGGAUGUAUUGUAUAUUGUGUGAAGAAAAAGGCAAAAGAUGAAGAAGAAGAGUCCACCACUUCAGACGAUGAUCUUGAAGAAGUGAAGGAUAAUAGGUAGCCUUUGGCUUACAACCGAAACUGGGACCAGAAUUUGCACCACUAAGCCAUGAGAAAGAUCGAGACUGUGGAACUUUGGGUCCAUUUAAUUGAAGGAAACAUCAUCACUAGGAUUUUCUAUAACCAAACUUGCUACACAGAUGACUUACUCUCUGGAGACAAAUACUGUGAGGAUAAGACAUCCCUAACACCCCUCGGUGUUUGU